CUUUUUCAGCGAGUGCUGCCCACAUAGGACUCAGAGAUUGGCCCUCUGAGAGUCAUCUUCGUCUCAGCCAUGCAUCAGCCAGCUACCGGCCAGGAAAAUUUAGAGAGCUUGGACAAAAGAUUCAAGAGGCAUGAAGAUAAUCUUGCAUUUCUUAAGAGUCGGAUAAAGCACUUAGAUGAAUCUAUACACGGUUUAAAAGGGAGUCUUGGAAGGUAUCAUUCAGAAAAUGUGGCUGAGACAGUAAGUGAUAGUUCUUUGCACACUGAGGUGGAAACAAAGAUAUUACAGCAAGAAAACUCUGCAGCUGGCAUACUUUGCUGGUUGAAAGCUAAUCGUUUAAGCCGGGCAUUGGAUUUGGCAUUAACCAAGGAUGUUCUGGGUGUUGUAGCUAGUCUUGCGAGAGUGGAUGACGAGAACCUUAGCAGACUUCUCUCAGAGUACUUGGGAUUGGAUGCCAUGCUUGCGAUAGUUUGCAAGACAUAUGGAGGAGUAAAGGCUUUGGAGAAUUAUGAUGGGGAAGGCUCAGUAAAUAGCAAAACUGGUCUACAUGGGCUUGGAUCAUCUAUCGGAAGGAGGAUAAAUGGCAGAUUCCUUGUCAUAUGUCUUGAAGAUAUAAGAUCAUAUGCUGGUGGGUUUGUAGAGGAUGACCAACAAAGGAAACUUGCUCUUCCAAAACCAAAAUUACCAAACGGGCAGUGCCCAUCUGGAUUUCUUGAUUAUGCAGUAAACAUGAUCAAUUUGGAAGGGAGAAAUUUAUCUUAUCUCACUGCCAGUGGAUAUGGUUUACGAGAGACAUUAUUCUAUGGACUCUUUUCUCGUCUGCAAAUAUACAGAACCCGAAGUGAGAUGCUACUUGCUCUCUCAUGCAUAACUGAUGGAGCACUAUCUUUAGAUGGUGGGAUGAUCAAGAAAUCUGGUGUAUUUGCCCUUGGUAGCAGGAAAGAUAUAGAGGUAAAGUUUCCUAUAGCCUCUGUGAGAUCUAAUGCACCUGCGAACUACAUCCAAACUGAAGAUAUGAUCAGGAUGCUAGAAUGGGAAAGAUCUAAAAUUGCUGAGGACAUGGAAAGAGAAGAACAAUUGUACAAUACAAUGUCCUCUGUUAUAAUUUUCCCGCAGAAAGUUGAGCCAAUGUGAUGCGCUUACACCUUUCAUGGCAUCUUGGCAAAGUAGAAUGAAGUCAUGAGAUUUGCCUCUAUUAUUGGCAUAGUUUUGUUUGUUGACUAGAGGGGAUAUUACUGGAACCUCUUGUAAGCUAAACUUAAAUUAGUUUAUUUGACUUUAGCUGGUCUCUCUCAAACUUGGAGAUUUGGAAUUAUUAACAUGAUUUCGUUUCAGAGGAAGUUUAUGUUUUUUGAUCAUCAUGUAUGUAAUUUUGUAACUUUGCUGUUGAAUAGAGCUCCGCAGAGUGCGUUUUGUUUUAAUUGUGAAGCUCUUUACUUUUUCUAGC